AUGGCAACAGCUCAUUCAGUGACCAUAAUUGGUGGUGGUAUUGGUGGUUUGACUGUUGCUAAUGCUUUAAAACGAAUAGGAAUGUCCGUUUCAUUAUAUGAACGUGCUCCUUAUUUUAUUCCAACAGCUGGAGCAGCAUUUGGUCUUCAGCCUAAUGGACAGAUAUCACUUGCUCAUAUCGAAUUUAAAGAUCAAAUCCAAAACAUUCUUCAUCCUUUCUUUAAAUGGCAAAUUAUUAAUGAAAAUGGUGAAGUAGUGGCUAUAUCGAAUAAAUUAGCCGAAUAUGGAAAAACUAUUCGAUUAUUUUUUGGGUGGUGCUCUGCGUUCUGA